CCCUUUUCCAAAUACACACCAGCGCCUGCGUGCACUCGCCCUAUAAAAUAAGUAAAAGGCUAGGGCAGCAGGCGAGCUUGCCUUCGGGCUGGGCAGGCAGAAGAGACACGCGCGCUGCCCAGCUAUCCUCCAAACCACAGCAUGGCUUGCUUGGACCGAUGCAGUUGCUGCGCGGACAACAGGCGUCAGAGCAGCAUCCUCUACAGCAUCUUAAAAAGCGAGGAGCAGAAGAGGGAGACCCAGGAGCAGGAGCCGGAGCAGGAGCAGCAGCAGCAGCAACAGCAGCAACAGCAGCUGCUGGGACGGGCACACAGACAGGGGCAGGGUUGCUCCUGCGGCUCCCAGCGCAGGGUGGCCCUGAAGAGCCCGCAGGUGGCCUGCAAGGCGGCCUCCGCUGUCCUGGUGAAGACGCUGCGUUUUGUGAAGAAUGUGCCCUGCUUCCAGGAGCUGCCCCUCGAUGAACAGCUUGUGCUAGUCCGAAGCUGCUGGGCGCCGCUGCUAGUGCUCGGACUGGCACAGGACCGAGUGCACUUCGAGACAGUGGAGACCUCGGAGCCCAGCAUGCUUCAAAGGAUACUGACCACCAGGCGGCGGGACCCCGAGGACGAGGAGCCGCAGCCGUCUACGUCGCCUCCCGCCCUUCCCGAGCCCCUGGCCCUGACCGACCCCUUGCAGCCACCCUCUGCCGCCCAAGUCCAGGCUAUCAAAGGUUUUCUGACCAAGUGCUGGAGCCUGGACAUCAGCACCAAGGAGUACGCCUACCUCAAGGGGACUGUGCUCUUCAACCCGGACCUCCCAGGGCUGCACUGUGUUCAGUACAUCCAGGGACUUCAGAGGGAAGCUCAACAAGCUUUAAAUGAGCACAUCAGGAUGCUUCACAGAGGGCACCAGGCCAGAUUUGCCAAGCUGAAUGUUGCUCUGUCCCUGCUGAGAUCCAUUAAUGCUAAUGUCAUUGCUGAACUCUUCUUUAGACCUAUCAUUGGUACAGUAAAUAUGGAUGAUAUGCUAUUGGAGAUGCUCUGUGCAAAGUUAUAAAAGCAUGCUGAAUAGAAAAAUAAGUUUCAACCUAAAGGAAAUGAUGGAGCAGAAUUAGUGUAAAAUAUUGUAAAAUAAACUAACUUAUUGUUUUUAAAUGCAUAGUAUUUU